CAGUGUGCUGGUAAGAAGCCCCAAGACGGCAGUCCGCUAAAAUCCAGCGACAGCUCCGGUAGUGUUUGUGUCGCGUGUUAUUAUUGUUAUUCUAUUGAACGGAUUUUUCAGACAACACCCAACAUUUGAAAACAUUGCAAUGAUUAUUCGUUGGGAAUUAAGUUUGGGUCUUCUCCUUGUGCUUCUAUCAAUAGCAAUCGCCAGGAAAGGUGAAUCGUCGAAAUGUCCCAUGCUGACCGAAUGCCCUUUGCGAGCUCAACAUUGCACCGAAGACGACGAUUGCUCACCCGAUAGCAUUUGUUGCAAAAGUCCGUGUGGUAAAGUCUGCACUAAACAGCUUUUCACAGGAUGUCAAACUUUGCGAAUGGCGGCUUCAAGACGAGCCAAAGCCCUAGGUGUCGAAGCCCGAAGUGUGCGAAUGCCUCGAUGCAAUAAAUCUGGAGGUUUCGAACCCAUCCAAUGCGAUAAUGAGAUUGUGAGUUCCUGUUGGUGCGUUGACGAAGCCGGCUUCGAGUUACCGGGGACUAGAGCCCCUGCAGCGGCUCUUGUUAAUUGCACAGUUCCAAAGCCGUGCGCAGAUCACACCUGUCGCAUGUUCUGUCCCCAUGGGUUUGCGCUCGCCCCCGAUGGUUGCCCCCUUUGUCGUUGCCGUGACCCUUGCGAGGGCAUCAAAUGCCCCAACUCUCUCGAAUGCCACCUCGAAGAACUAGCGUGUGCUGACCCUCCGUGCCCCCCAGUCCCCACAUGUAAACGAGGAAGAAGUUUGGAGAAUAUUUGUCCAGUUGGCGACCCUCUCCGAAUCAGCGAUACGGUUAGACCGUUUUUGUGUGGAAAUGAUCCGGGGAAACCCACUUGUCCCCCAAUGUAUCAGUGUUUAGUACAGAAAGGCAAUGAUUAUGGUGUUUGUUGUCCGGCGUCUUUGAAAAUACAGAAAACUGGCACUUGUCCUGAGAAAAUUAACGCGGGGGACGAGUGUGGACAGAUGUGCAGUCACGAUUUGGAAUGUCCUUCAGUUCAGAAAUGUUGCCAAACGGAACAAUGCGGGGCUUCAUGUACCCAUCCCAAGAAUGUUACAGAAUGUUUACAUCAACGCGCUUUAUCUGAAAUUUUGUCUGUGAGUGAGCGAGCAGGCCGUGGCUACGUACCACAAUGCUCUGAAGAUGGUCAAUUCGAGCCGAAACAAUGCAGUCGCAAUGGUUUAGUUUGUUGGUGCGUGGAUCGCAUGGGACGGAAAAUACGUGGUUCUAUGGGACCUGCCAGUAGUACCAACUGUUCAAUCCUUGACGCUCGUAUUCAGUCAUCUGCUCGAAGUCUGGAUAAAAGUGGCAAACAAUGCGAAUCUUUAGAAUGUGCAGCUGUUUGUGAAUACGGUUUUAAACUCGACGAAGACGGAUGUCCAACAUGCAAAUGUGACGACCCUUGUGAUGGUUAUUUGUGUCCCGAAGACGAGGAAUGCAUUAAUGUGAAAGAAUCAACGUGUACGGAUUUUCUAUGCCCGACUUUACCAGUUUGCCGACCAAAGACAAUUUAUGCCAAUCCAUGUGACCAAGGAGCCCCUUUGACUGAUGAUAUAAGUGGAGCACCGGUUGCUUGUGCUCUUCGUUCCGAGGAUGGUACUAUUUGCCCUUUGGAGUACGAAUGCACGGCAGUACCAGGCUCGACUCAAGCCGUUUGUUGUCCCCGAGAAAUAAUAGAAGAGGAAAAUAUCACCGAAAAUCGCCCACAAACAAUGUGUGAAUAUUUGCAUGACUUUUCCGAAAGUAUGGAAGGUACUCGCGAGGGUAUGACUUUGGCGCUUCCAACCCCAUCGUGUGACACUGAUGGUAGUUACACACCGACCCAAUGCCACAAAGGGGAAUGUUGGUGUGUCGAUAAUUUCGGUACUGAAAUUCCCCGAACUCGCGGUACCACAACCCCUGAAAACUGUACCGAAUUAAAACAAUCAAUGGAUUGUUUGGACUUGACUUGUCGCAUGGGUUGCGAAUAUGGGUUUGUUUUAUCUGAAGAUACAGGUUGUCCCACUUGUCAAUGUCGGGAUCCAUGUAAUGGUAUCAAAUGCGAGGAAAACUCCCAAUGUCAAUUGGUCGAAGUGAGCUGUAAGGACCAUUAUUGUCCUCCUGUCCCAGCUUGUCUUCCUAAAAAACAAGGCCAAUGCCCAUAUUUAGUACCAGCGACGUCAACUUCAUGCGAUUUUGAAUGCAACUCAGACAUGGCUUGUAAUGGUACCAUGCGUUGUUGUUCCAAUGGUUGUGGUACUCAAUGUGUGGAACCUCUUCUCAUGACUGCAUGUCAACACCAAAAUGCUCUUUCGCAACACCAAGCACACGAAUCGGGGGUACCAGCAGGUCGGGUUUAUAUCCCACAAUGUACACCUGAUGGUACCUAUGAACCCAAACAGUGUAAUCCUGGUACCAAUGAGUGUUGGUGUGUGGAUUUUCGAGGUUUUGAAAUUUCCAAAACCAGAACCAAUAACACCUCAUUUUCGUGUGAGACGAUACAAAGGUCGGAUUGCCCUCUUUAUAAAUGUAUCACUGAUUGUGAGCAUGGGUUCGAAAUGGAUGCUAAUGGGUGUCGUACUUGCAAUUGUAUAGACCCAUGCUCGAGGAUUACUUGUCGAGGCGAAGGCGAGACUUGUAGAUUAGUACCAGUGGAAUGUACCAAUGAACCUUGUCCACCCAUACCCAUGUGUCUCCCGAAAAAAGACAACCCAUGCCAAAAUGGCGACCCAUUAAGACUGGGAACCAGCGAUGAAUUCGUCACUUGUGGUCCCGAUUACGAGACCUGUCCUUCAUCACACAAAUGCCAAUUGAGUCCUGUGGGAGAAUACGCCGUUUGUUGUCCCAAACCCAGAGAUGUCUGUUUCGAAUCUCUGGAUAAAGGGGAGUGUGAUGAUGAUUUCACACGAAAUUUAACUCGAUGGUAUUUCAACUCGAGGACAAACAAAUGCGAAAUGUUUGGAUAUUCAGGUUGUAACGGUAAUCACAAUAAUUUCCAUUCGGAAGAAAUGUGCAAUUUGGUUUGUCCCGUUUUGAGUCAAUGUGAAAGAUUAAGGGAAAAGAAUCAAAGGGCGGCCGAAAGGUACCACAAACCGACUUUUAUGCCUCGUUGUGAGUCAAACACCGGGAAUUGGGAAACAGUGCAAUGUUUAGAACAUGUGGGGGUUUGCUGGUGUGUAACCCCACAAGGAGAGCCCUUGAAAGGGACACUGACGCGAGGGGCACAGCCCUUGUGCAACUUCAGACAAGCGAGGAAGUGGGCCGAGGAUCGGGCCGACACGAGCGACGCCGAUUUAGUUCUUGAGGAAUUAAUGAUGCAAAUCGGUUCCCUCGACGACUCGGAGGAACCAAAUGACUUGGAUGAACCCUUGGAAGUCCCUUCAAACACCCGAUGCCAAGCUCUAGGUGGUCAAUGCGACUCAACUGGUAAAUUUCUCCCAACUCAAUGCGAAGAAGAAACUUGUUGGUGUGUUGACGAAGCCGGGAACCAACUCCUUCACACAAACACGUUCAAAAAAGGCGAAAUUACAUGCAAACAAUUCCCAGUUGAGAGUGUUGAAGUAACUUUAGGUUUUCGUGGCGAGUUUGAUGACAUUUCCUCGAUUCCGGUCGUGAAUCAAGUCACGAAAAUCAUUCAAAGUCUUGAAGGGAUUCUCAAUAGCGGUUUCAAAACGGAAAUAAGCGACGAUGUCCUCUACGUGAAGUUUUCUCUAAUUGGGAGCAAUAAAGUCGAUGUUGCUUAUCGAUUAGAACAACUUGUGAUGCAACAACGACUACCAGGUUUAACCGCUGAUAUAACCAGGUCAAGGGUCACGCAUAAACUCCUCAGUGAUCAUUUAUUGGCGUUGGAACACCGGGAAAUAGUGUCACAAUCGCCGGUUUCAGUCGUGGCGCCUUAUCACACGGCGUUGAUUGUGAUAGCAGCAGCGUCAGCAUUUGUCAUUUGUGUUCUACUUCUUUUAGUUAUUUUGUAUAGGAGGAAAAUGAAUAGUCUUAGUAGCACUAAAGUUGGAGAUGAUGGUGGGUUUUUAUCCAAUAAUAGGCCCAUUUAUAUUGAGCUUCCCAAUGAAAAAUACAACUCUUUGAAAACUGAAAAUUCCUAGAUUUGAUAGAUUGCCAUUUGAAUGAAUAAGACUUUAUUAGGAUCAUGGUGUUUUUUGGGUUUGUUCAUAUGGCACUAAAUAAAUAAAAGUAUUUAUUGAAAUUAUUUAUUUUUAAAAACAUUCUAACGUAGUUAAAGCUGUAAAUAUUAAUUUUAAGAAAUAAAACUUUAAAACUUAA